CUCGAUUACGAGAUAAAAGAAGGUGACUUAGAUGUUUGGGAAACCGAACCUUAUUUCUAUUCCUCGACUGAGCAGAAAGUAAAGUGCACUGUGAGUAGAUCUCGUCUAUUCUUUCCUGUCAGUGUGCAGUGUCUCUCGCAGAAUUCUUAAAUUCAUAUUCGAGGCCGCUCAUCCCCAUCGAGAUUGCACCAGAAUGUCAAGUGUUUGGCAGAAAGAGGAUUCCUCUUGGGCAGAUCCUUCGCUUCUCGUUGGUCUGCCCAUGGCCGUCAGAGCUGCUCUCAUGCUCAACGUACCGAAGAUCAUAGAUUCAGCGUACCCGAAGCUCUCAUUAUCAGCGGAAGAGAUUUGCAAGCAUGUGCCCACUACUAGAGAGCAUACUCCAAAAUCUGAGAAUCUUGAGAAAAUCCUGGACUGGCUUUGCUGCAAUGGAAUUUUCUCUUUAAUCAUCGAGGAAGGAGACGAUGGCUCGAAAGCGAAAAGAUAUGCACACAGUCCCAAAUCUCGAUGUCUUUCCCGGGAUCACACCGCCGACAUGUUGCUUAUGUACACUUCUCCAGAGCUGACCAGAGUGUGGCCUCACGCACAUGAGAUCGUGCUCAGUCCUGACGUUUCUCCCUUCGAGAUCGUCACAGGAAAGAACAUGUACACAUACCUCGCAGUGGAUGCUCCACAAGUUCAAAAAUUGUACGUGAGAGGGCUAAAUGCAACAGCUAUUCCAUCGCUGAGUCUACUCGAGAAGUACGACGAGACUUUCAAGGCUUUGAAGGGUCGAGUGGUGGAUGUAGGAGGCCAGGAAGGAACAAUGUGUGCAGGGCUCGUGGCCAAAUACCCCCACCUGCAAUUCGUCAACUUCGAUCAGCCGGAAGUGGUCAGAGGAGCUCCACAAAUCCCUGGAGUAGAGCAUGUCGGCGGCAGUUUCAAAGAAAGCGUGCCGGAGGGAAACCUGUUGAUCAUGAAAUUCUGCCUGCUGAAUUGGGACGACGAGACCUGCAUCGGAAUUCUUACGAAUUGCCGGAAAGCCCUGCCAGUGGCCGAGGGCGGGAAGAUGCUUAUUCUGGAGAGACUGGACAGAUCUACAGAGGCAACGGAUGCUCACAACGAGGUCGCCAGGACCGGAUCACUGUGGUCCAAUUUCCAUGGCACGGUGUUGUUGAGUGGAGCCAGGACGAGAACGGUGGAACAGUUCAGGAGACUGGCAUUGGCAGCAGGCUUUUCGCAGCUAGAAUUCGUGAACCACUGUCCUGGUUUUGAUCUCCUGGAAGCAAGCCUCUCACCCUCUGGACACUCGCAAUAGUUGUUCUUUGGAUAAUCUCGUCGACCCGGACUGCUCUUGUUCGCUCCAUGAGUCAGUAGUACUUGACUGCAGCAACAGUCGAAGAAAUCAUCGGAGCUAUGAAAAUGGUUGUGAACAUUUUAUGAUUGUGAUCUUGGUGGUAGAUAUCCGUUUCGUAAUUUUGUACUAGGUAAGUGAUUGACGGACUGUCACGUGUAAUCAUAGUUUUGCCUUCUCUUGAAAUGGUUUCAGUUUCGAUUCACAUAACCCGUUGAGCAAUGUUAUAAUUUGUUGUUGAUUUCUUGCAGUCCUGAGUACUCAUGUAGAAUGGAUAUUAC